UGACGGGUAAUUGGGUAUAAGCCAUUUGUCUUUAGUGAUAGAUCUAACAGUAAAAGUCUCUCCUUGAGCACAUGAAAUAAAAUAUUUCCGCUAAUCCUAUCCAACUGUGGUCCCGUUGCUACACAAGGUGCCGUUUAUACCAACAUUUGUACUCUGAUCCCCGGCCGAUCCUGCGCUGAUGGCAGUCCCAAUGAACACAACCUCUAUGGCCGCAAACGUAGCUGUUGCGGCAAUCAUCUCGGCCCUGGUCGCGGAGCUAAAAUACCAGCUUAAAAUUGCUGCUGUAUUCGGAUGCCGGGGGCGAUCGGCUGCUGUCGUCGGCGACGCAUUCUAUCCUGAACUCCUUUUCGAGUUGGACAAUCUAGGCUUGGAGCGAAAGGAGACAGAGGAUGUUGAGGUGUUCGAACCGGCGGAAUAUGGCAACGUUCUUCUCCUUGCGCAUAAGGGCCGCCAGUCGAGGAUAGCUACGUUGCGAAUGGGCCAUAGUUUGGGAAGACAAAGAGCAAGGUACCGUGCACAGACGCCCCAACACUUUUGGGGUUGUCGUUGUGGAGAUUGACG